CAUAUAUAACCACACACAAAAGAUAGACUUUAUGUAUAUAUUCAAUGAAACUACCAUAUAAUAGUAAUUUAAGCCAAUGCAACCGGUACGUGCCUAGGCCUACAUCAAUGAUUCAAUUUAUAGCCUUUAAAAUAUUCUGGUAUUUUAGUCAAGUUUGACUUAGAGUGAUACCAUAGGGAAUAUUGGUUAAUUAUAAAUUAUGUAAGAAAUGUCGAAUCCAUCUCCCAAAGCUAGGUCUAAGUCUAAAUGUGCAAAUACAAAUUUGAAGCCUGAAAGUGAAACGGAUGACGUCGGACUCGAAGUUCGACGUCGUAAAGGAACAGCUGUAUCAGACACUAAAGAUGAGCAGCCUUCAAAGAAAUACAAAGUGGAGCAAGAGUUAGGUCAGGAACUGAGUGACGAUCUCAAAGAAAAAGUUGCACAAAAUAAAAUUCAUGCCAAAAUAAAAUUAUUAGGCAGUAAAACAAAUGGUCUUGUUGUUAACAUAGGUCCUUCUUGGUACACUGCACUAGAGUCUGAGUUUUCUAAAGAAUACUUUAUAAAACUAAGUCAAUUCAUUGGUGAUGAAAGAAAGAAGUCUACAAUAUUUCCUCCUGCUGAUCAAGUUUUUACAUGGACAACUACAUGUGCUAUCUCUUCAGUGAAAGUUGUUAUAAUUGGGCAGGAUCCUUACCAUGGACAAGGACAAGCGCAUGGUCUAUGUUUUAGUGUAUUACCAGGUGUAAAACCGCCUCCCAGCCUAGAAAACAUUUUUAAAGAGCUUGAAGGCAGCAUUGAUGGCUUUAAGCAUCCUGGUCAUGGAAACUUGAUAGGCUGGGCUCGACAAGGUGUGCUCUUGCUUAAUGCUUGUUUGACAGUCAAAGAAAAACAGCCCAACUCUCAUGCAGGGAAAGGAUGGGAGCAAUUCACAGAUGCUGUUAUAAAUUGGCUCAAUUCAAAUCUGAAAGGUGUAGUUUUUAUGCUCUGGGGAGCCUAUGCUCAAAAGAAAGGCUCCAGAAUUGACAAGAAAAAGCAUCAUAUCUUGACAGCAGUCCAUCCAUCACCAUUGUCAGCCCACAAAGGUUUCAUUGGAUGUAAACAUUUCUCCACAUGCAAUGAACUUUUAAAAAAAGAUGGCAAAAUAGAAAUCAAUUGGACAUCAUUGCCUGCUCAUUGAGAACAAUUUUAUUAUUUUAUUUCGUUGUUGUAAAUAUGUAUACUAGUCUAAAAAUUAUUUUAUUUUAAAUUAGGUACACUUUUUUUUUUUAAUUUUCUAAUGCUAAGAACAUAAUUAUGUCCAAGCCUAAACCAUCUCUUGGAUGGAAGAGGGCAAGGUUCAAACAGAACCAUUCUAAUGACAGUCUGAAUUGCAUACUUUAUGACCAGGCAGCCAGAUUAGUUUUUUUAAUGUUAAUAUAAUGUCUAUUGUGUAUUUAUUUUAUGCUGUAUUUUUUAUAUAAAUUUUUACAAGACAAAUGUCUAAUUAGGACAUUUUAUUUUUCUUUGUAUUUAUUAUUUUUUUUACUGUAGAAAUAAAUAA